AUUAAACUAAAAGUUAAAUUUUGUAAUGUGCCGAGUUGCUAUUUUAGAAUAUUUAAUUUUUCGUUUGUUCUCAAAUUGUUUUUAAAUGCUUUGUUUUUCAAUUAAAACUUUUUAUCAAAAAAUGUUCAUUAGUUCACUAUUAAAUACAUGCCAAAAUUAUUUGGAAUAAUACUUUCUGUCAUUAUUUGUCUAAGUAUGUCUUCAUUCAGUGAUGAUUCAUUUCUAAAGGAUGAAGAAUGUUCAAAAGUAAUUUUGAAUAAUUUAAAAAAUAGUACAUUAAGUGAUCCAUGCUCAGUUACCUCUCAAAAUCAUGACCAAGAUAAUAUUAAUUUAACUUUAGAAAUGUUAAAUCCACAAUAUUUCAAUUUAGCAGAUGAUCAAAAUAUAGAAAACCAAGAUUAUGGCAGUACUGAACCAGAAGAAAUCAAAUUAGAACUUGAUCCAUUUUGUAUAAAAGCCGUAAUAGAUGACGAUAAUGAAAAUCUUACAAUUGACUUGCAAGAUUAUGAGACAAAUAUUUUUGAUAAAACAGAAAAUUUAACUGUUAAAGAUACUGACGAAUCUAAAAGUGGCUGUCAUAACAAAAAUUUACUUGGAGAAUACAAAUUUUUAGCAUAUUAUACUAAUGCAUCAUCAACAUAUAAAUGCAAUUUUUGUCAUACUUUUUAUACAUCAAAUGCACGUUUAAAAAAACAUAUAAAACAAAAUCACCGAUCAUGUAGAGGAGGAGGUACACCAGACUUACCACCAUUCAAAUGUGAUAUAUGUCAAGUAGAAUUUCAAAAAAAAUCAAUUUUAAGUCAACAUAAUAGAAGAAAACAUCCAGAAACUUGUGAAUUCACCUGUGAAUGCUGCAAAAAAAAAUUUGCUGAUACAUUUUCAUUGAAACGACAUAGAAUGUUACAUUUAAAUCCUUUUAAAUGUGAUGUGUGUGAUAAAACAUUUUUUGCAGCCUAUAAUCUCAAAACACACCAACGAAUUCAUAAUGGAGAAAGACCUUAUGCUUGUAAUGUAUGCCAGAAGACAUUUAAUCAAUCAUCUGGUUUAAAUAAACACAAAAGAAUACACUCUGGUGAAAAGCCUUAUCAGUGUAGUAUUUGUUUGAAGUCAUUUGGUGUACGGUUUAACUUAAAGGUUCAUAUGAGAACCCAUAGUGGUGAAAAACCAUAUGAAUGUGAUAUUUGUCACAAGAUGUUUUCUCACCAAUCCUACAUUAAACAACAUAAACGCUGCCAUACAGGUGAAAAACCUUUUGAAUGUGACAUUUGCAAUAAAUUCUUUGCAAACAAGACAAUACUAAGAGGACAUAUAAAAAUACACAUGCAUAAAAUAUUAGUUAAUAAGGUUAAAAAGUCAUAUUAAAUAAAAAUUUUAAAAAUGUUUAUAUUAUGACUUAAUAUUUUUUUAAAUGUUGUUCUGGUAUGCAGUACAUAGAUCAAAAAUAUUUUAUGAUGAAAAAAAAGAAUCAAAGUAUUUUUAUAGUAGUUGUUUUUUUUAAUACAUAAAUUUUUGUGAGGACAUACUAAAUUAUUGUUUUAAAUAAUGUUUUAUUAUUAACUCUUGUUAUAUUAUUAAAAAUAUUUUAGUUUAAUGUUUGUGGUUCAAAUUGAGAUGAAGAUAAAUUAUCUAUAAUCACUAUUAAUUAUUUUAUGCUAUUAUUUCUUUACAAUAAAGUUAGAUUUUUUAUUAUUUUA